AUGGCUAUCAACAGAUCCCGAAAACUGGUGCGCUACUGCCUGUCACGCAGACUUUCAGUCCAGGAGUUUGGAUCACUCUUACAGGAGUAUCGCAAUGAGGUAGAUGGCAAGCUGUUGUUCAAUGCGCUGGUCGAUUGUCGGAUUUCAUUCUGCGCGCCAGGAGAUCCCUUGCUCUCACUAUAUCUCGAACAUGUCGAAAUUACCGGCAUUCUCAACGUCUCAACUGCACUCCUGAUCAUCAUCAACAAAUGGAACAAAUCCAAAGAGUCACAAAGCCUGCACAUUCUAGAGUGUUACAGUCGACUACUCCAGGACUUUGUGAUGGUGAUAUUGUCCCCAAAGUUCAAAGCGAGCCUUGACGACGUACGAGCUUCCCUAGAGCUAUCCUCGAGGUGGCUGGCAUCCUUGGCUCCUCAGGUGUCUCAUGAAUUGGACGGACCCAUGGCGAAAACUCACAUGGUCGAAGCACUUGCAUUUCUCGUUGCUUCCUUAGCCUCUACCACUGCUGGCUGCGAGGCUCUUGCCGUCACCAAUUCUCCGGACAGUGUGUCAAGGGAGCUGCCGUCUCGUGUACAAGCCCUUCGCAUCUCAGUCCGACAAUCUCUGGAUUUAGCUCAGUACUCCACGUUGUCGAGCCAUCUUCUCAGCCGGAUCAAUGGUGUCCUCGACGUCCUGAAUCAAGACGCGUCCUUGGGUGGCGAUUCCUCUGCGCAGUUGCCAGAUAUAAGAACGAUGCAGUUCGAAGCUCGUGUCCCCGAAACUCAUAUGGUCGCCUCCAGAGCGGCGACAAUACUUCAUCUUACGGCUAUGCUCUCAGCAGGAUCAACGAUCGACGACGGGGCUUUGGUCAAUUAUCUCUGCACUCGUCAUCAGAAUGAUUACCAGGCCGUUUUCACAGAUCUCUUCAUUUUGUCAUUUCACAUUCUGAGAGAGCAAUUCUCGAAUACAGAAACCACCCUUUGUUAUCAACAAUGUCGAGUGUUCCUGCAAAACAAGUUGCCUAGUCUCCUCUCCAUGAUAUCAGCUUCGUCUUUCAAUGGCUUCGAUACCGAACAGACCAUUGUUGAGACAUGGCCUCUAGCGCUGGGACAAUUAUCAACCCCAGAGCUCAUGUCGGUUGGGUUCCGGUUUAUUUACAUCUGCUCACUCCAUCGUUUGGUCUCGCACUCAACCAGUAUACAGCUAAUUGGAAAUGACGACUCAAUCUCCGGCUUGAGCAAAGGUCUCUACGCGAAAGAUGACCUUGUGUCACAGGUAAUCUCAAAUCACACGAGGGGGCCUAAAUUGGUCGAAGAACUUAUUCGAAGUGAUGGAAGUGCUGGUUCUAUUAGUCAUGCCCUGGUUGAAAUUAUGCACAACUAUUGUCGUACAAAAGAAACUCAGUACCUGAAAGACCUCUCCAAUGCAAUCAUCCGAAAGCCAGCUGCAAUCAAUUGUAUUACGCUGUUUGUUCCUCCAAGCUUUUGGCUCGGCCCUAUAUGCAUGCUGUUAGACGAAUGGCGAUGGAAUGAAAUCCACGGCGAAGCCCAACCUGUAUACGAUGAUUUUGGCGCUGCAUUUCUGCUGCUACAAGUGUGUAAGGCGCGCCUGAGCCUGUCCGAGACCGACCUCGGCAUCCGUAAGAGGGAUGGUUUUCUGUCCGAAUUUUACAAUAAUGCCAAUGCGGAUAUUGACUUGGAACAUCUCUCGGAAGAACGGAGAACACACCUUGGGAAUUGGAUUAACGCACUCUACCUUGCAGAAGGCCUGAGCGACGAGCUGUUCACCAACUGCAGCCCACAUGACUUCUACAUUUUGAUACCAACGCUACUUAGGCAAUCCAUAACUGCGUACCACCAAGAGAAACUUACCAAAGAGUCUCUCAAAGCUGGUCUUGAGUAUCUUUUGGAGCCGUUCCUUCUUCCAUCCCUCUUUCCAGCACUCAACUGGAUCACCAGAGUGCUUCAGGAGGACACUCUCGAUACCUCCUUUAUUCUAGAUGUUUUGAUCAAGGUUCCUGGAAGCCCCGAGUCACGAGAUAUCCAUGGUACCAUCCUAUCCAUGUCCGCAGGCAGCCUUGGCGAACAAAUAAAGUCAAAGCAAAUGCAUGAUGACGGCAAAUUGAUGGCCAUCAGCGAACAAUUAAAUCACUACCCGGAGUUCUCUUUCUCGGUCAAAAGUAGAUGGUUCAAUGACUACGACCGGAUCUCCACCACCCUACAACAAAGCAUCAUAACCAUGAUCACUAGCAACGAAGCCGUAACCAGUCCAGACCACUCUACCCCAGAUAUCACAACUAUGGUGCAUACUGCCGUCGGCGUCCUCGGCGCUCAAGGAACUCUCCGCAUACUUCUAAGAGUGCUUAUUCAGCUUAGCGAUAGCCAUGAAUUUCUCUCCGCGGUUGACACUAUCUCGACCAUUGUUUGUGUCGGCGGUCGACAACUAAAGGAAGCUUUGAAAGUACAGCACCAGAGUUUGGGACGCAUUCUCAAAAAAGAGUCAAUACUAGCGGAAGCGGUGGUUCGGUUACAUAGACAGGUCGAGGGUUAUACGAAUCUCCUUACCGUCCAGGACAUGAAUUUGAACGAGUUUACCUUCGCCCAACAUCUCAGCAAUAUCGACACGGCGAAUCCCAACCUAGAUGGUGUUCCAACUUCAGCCGGACCGAUGGAUACCCAAGUAGAUCAAGAACAGGCUGACGGUAUUGACCAGGUUCUCGACGAAGCUGCCGCUCUAGGAAGCUUGGACUCCAACGAUGCAGACAUGAACUUUGACGCUCUGUAUGGGUUACAAAACAACGACAUGGACUUGAAUGACCUAGAUCUUGAUAUGUUCUAG